AUGAAAUAUGUCUUUGAUGCUAUUUGUCAAACAUUUGAGUUGGAAUUGAAUGAUAUUAUCAUUCUAUCGACAGAUGGUCUUUUCGACAAUGUUUCAGAUUUUCAAAUCGAACAAAUUUUGGCUCGAAGUAAUUCGUUGAAACAAGCAGCGAAGGAAAUGGUAACUUAUGCUGUCCGGUACUACGUCAAGCCAGAUGAUAUUCUUGUCCUUAUGGCACGUGUAACAACAAACACAAACUUGCUAUAUGCAUAA